CAUCGUCCGACGACAUUGCCGCCCGGAAAUAAAAGACGCCGCUCUUCCCAGCUGCGCAAGCGGGCAACGACGAUCCAUCAAUUUUGGCUCAUGUCCUGAAUGUCGAGCCAUCCGCAGCUUCCGCCUCUCGUUAACGCGCCAGGGUGAGCGUCUGUGCAAACCUCGGUUUCCAGCAUGUCCAACGAUCCGACAACCCGGAGGUUGCUUCCCCAGACCUCGCAGAUGGCCUCUUUCUCCUUCGUGCCGCCAGCUUACCAGCAGCAGCCACGCGAAACCCAAAAAAACUAUGUGUUCGUUGAUGAGCACAACCGACACAAGCGACUGAAGGUUAUGAGAGCCUGCGAGGGAUGCCGAAGGAGGAAAAUAAAAUGCGAUGCAGCGACUACCAAUACAUGGCCCUGCUCCGCAUGCGUUCGUCUGAAGCUGCACUGUGUUCGCCCCAACGGCUUUGACAGCUCCGACUCUCAAGUGUACGAGCCACCACAACCCCAGAUCGAGGUCCAGCAUACUCCCGACGGUUUUGGGCAACAGCCGCCGCCCAUUCAGAGCCAGCAGCUUCUCGCCCACGCCCCGAAACCAGGAGCUCUCUAUCAAUCACAGUCAUCUUACCAGGAUACAUCGGGGCUUUACCACCCGGUGCAGUAUGGGGAGCCUCAGCCCGUGCCGCACGGCCUUCACUACUCACCCGUGCACCAUCAAUCCGUCGGUGCCGUUGACCAGCAGUAUGCGGCGCAGACCGCCGCUUUCCCAACGCCUCCGCUCCAGCAUGCCCCUAAUCCGGGUUCCUCGGAAGAAACGUACCAGUCCGAGUACGCCCAGCAAGAUUUGGCAGACCUCUUGGGGUCUCUAAAAGUUAAUGAGGCAGGAACGGCACCCUAUCUCAACAGCAAGAUGCAGUCUGCGAGGGACGAGGAGCCGGCCGUGGAAGAGGACGGAGACGAGUACAAGACUUCCCUGCCGCCACUAACGGUGGGACCUGGUUCCAAAAUCCGCAUUCCCCCGGAGUUGAUGCCGGACGACGACACGGUCCUCCACUAUCUCGACCUAUACUUCGUCAACGCGCAUCCUUACGUGCCCGUCUUGGACAAGAACCACUUCUACCACCAGUGGCAUAACAACAGGGACUCCAUAUCACCCCUGCUGUUGGAGGCCAUAUUUGCCAUUGCCGGUCGCCUGGCGGAUGAGCCUGCUCAGGGGCAGCAAUGGCUGGCAAUGGCAUCACGACACGCCGACUCCUUCAUGGACGUGCCACGACUGAGCACGCUCCAGGCUCUGAUGAUACUCUUGAAGGCGAGGGAAUCGGCGCCAAAAAAGGGCUAUUACUACCGGUCGUGGAUGAGCAUCGUGCAAUGCGUUCAGCUUGGCAAGGACCUCGGAUUGGACGAGCACUAUGCAGAGCAUCAGGCUGGCAGGGGGUGCGGUGCAAGUCAGGCAGAGUGCGCGCUGAAAACCCGCAUCUGGCAAACGCUAUUUGUGGUUGAGCUGAUGAUUGGCUCCCCGCAAGGUCGCACCGACUUCAAGAUCGAUGAGGACAGUGUUGACUUCAACCUGCCGCGGCCGUUACCAAACGGCGACGAGUCUGAAUACCACGUCUCGCGCAAUUUCACCUACCUUGCCCGGAUCGUCCGCUCUGUCGGCCGGAUGGCAAGGACCUAUGGGCGGCUCAAGAAGACCAAGGACUGGGGCAUUGACCCCGAGUUCGUCCAACUCGAUCCGUCCCUGAACGCGUGGCUGGCUGGGCUCCCCGCAGACCUGACCAUCAGCUACCCCGCGGACGGGUCGCCGCCCUGGUUACCUUCGGCCUUUGUUGGCAACCUCCAUUCCUACUACUACUUAUCGAUCAUCUUGUUCAAUAGACCACAACUAGCUGCCCUAUCUCCAUCGACGCCCGGAGGGCAGUGGAAGCAGCACAUGGUAGUCUCUUACAAUGCGGCCAAGAUGCUCUGCAGGCUGCAGGAGGCGGUGAUCAACUCAUUCGGGCUCAACGGGCUUCAAUGCAUGCAACGGGGGAUCAAUUUCACCAUCUACGCGAUCCUAAGCUGCAUUGUGCUCCAUCUCGUUGCGAUAACGUCGCCGGAUCCGGAUUUGAACUCAGAAGCCAGGGACUACUUCACCCGCCAUAUGAGGAUCCUGGAGAGGUGCAUGAGCGCGUGGCCCAUGCCCGAUAUGCAGAAGCAGAUCGACUCGGUCCGUGAGGCUUUCUCGGCCGACAUCCGGAAGCCUUUCGUCCUCAAGCCGACCUUCCCGUACGGCAGCCCACACUCGGCGACGCAUCCCAGCCCGCCGGGCCGACCGCUGGACUCGCAGAUGCAGCACUCGCAAGUUAGUUACACCAGCCACCCCCUGACACCCGUCUCGGUCGGCCCGCCGGACACGAAAGGUGAAUCGCCUUCCGUACAGUCGCUAACCACGAUGGCUUCGGUUCACGGUUCUCAGGCGCCGGGUGUUGGACAGACGUUGCCGUUGUCCGAAGCGCCCGCCUGGAACCCAUCGCGCAUUUUUGACCAGUGGAACACAUCCUUUGGGACUCCCCAGAUCGCGCAGCCGUCACCUCCCUCGGUGGCAGCGCAAGCUAACUCGCUGGGCGGAGUCGAGUCGUCUGGCCUCCAAAACAUGCACACCGUGCACCAAAAUCAGCUGCGGGCGGGCGCGCAGAUGCCGCUGCCGCCGUAUACGCCCGCGCCGCCUCAGACGUUUGUGACGCCGGCGAUGUGGCAGGAAUCGGUGGCUAGCGUCUACGAGGGCGGACUUAAGCGCGCGUGGGACUAUGAUGCGCAUCUGCCCAUGAAGAGACACUGAAGCGGCCGGUGAAGCCGUGCCAAUUCCCUGUUUUAUCUCUCUUUCCCUAUUUCCCAUAAGCAGGCGUGGUUGUCU